AUGUCAAGACUUUCAAAAUAUAUGACGAGUCAUCUUCAGGAGACACCACAAGCUCCACAAUCACCAAGACAAUCAAUAGAACUUGACACAGUAGAUGCCACUGGAACAUCUUUGAAUUCUCCAAGGGCCGAUCAAAUGUCACGUGAGAUUGAAGAUGGAGCAUCAAAUAAGAUUCAGAAAAAACUUGUUGAUCCAAUUGCCAAGCUCCAAAAAAAUCCCUGGUUUCUCACAACUAUCCUUAUAAUCAAUUCCUUUGCCAAUAUCUGGACUGUAAAUCGUAUUCGGCAAUUUACAACACCACUCGAAAACCAAAAAUUCACAGAAGCGGAGCUUCGUAAGCACGAGCAAGGUCUUUGUUUUGUAGCCGCUGCUACUCUCUUUCUGUUGAAUUCGAUUUUCUGGGGCUUCAAUCUACAUAGCAUCAAUAAGUGUUUCGGAAUCUAUUUAGGUUGGAAACGUCAAAUGGAUACUACAUGCGAUGGCUUCGACACACGUAUCGAACUAUCUGACCCAUCUGUUGAUUACUUUGGUCUUCACAACAGAACAACAUACGAAGCAAGAAUCCACAACAACCAUUUAUACACUCAAACUCCUGGCCUAUACCCAUAUCCCUCCUGGAAAGACUAUGAAUCCUACAAAUCUGGCAUUGAUCUUUUCAACAUCACUAGAAUGAAUAAUACAGCUCCACGCAGCCCUAAGUCAUCGAACAGUAAGCCAUUCGACCAAUUCUGGCGCAUCAUGGGGAUUUUCGGCGAUAAACCGCUACAUAUGGAUUUCGAUCUCUUGUACCGCUCUUGGCGUAUGAAAGAGGGAACUAUAGUCAUUGACUCUCAAGAUCCCAGUUCUUCUUUUUACAGGGGCGGUGUCUUGUUCGACCGCCUCAAAUCAGGGGAAAUCUACGACUCAAAAAAGACCUCUCAUCUAGUUCCUAAUUUCGGGAUUGCAAUCCAAAAUCUUCAUGAAGUACGCCAUGGAACAUGGACAGACACCGAUACCAAGAACCUAGAGCUUACAUUCCCCGAAUUAGAUCUACAUAUUCCUAUGUGGGGACUCUUUGAAAAACAUUGUGUGUAUCAAAGCUUCAUGAGGGUUUUCCGAAGGCCAACUGACAAGAUUCGGAAAACUUGGAAUACUUGGAGUAAAGAAAGCAGUGGGGGAGAAGUUAUGAGAACUGCAAGUUUUGGGUAUAGUGGACAAAAGGGAUUGGAAGUUUGUGUGAAGAGGAGGGAGUAUACAUGGAUUGAUCAUGGGGUUAAAGUUACUGAGCCGGGAUUGGGAGAGGAUCUUUUGGUGCCAUUGGGGUUGAUGGCCGUGUUUUGGCAAAUGAGCCUUGUAUCAUCGGUAUCUAAUGAGGAAAUUUCUUAUCUCCAAGUUAUGUUCUUGCCGAUAUCGCUGACGAAGGAUGCCGCUAUGCUAUGUAGCUCCCCUGCUCCAGUACCACAAGAACCAUAUCUCUUUACACAUUAUUACGUUAUUCAUGUUGUGAAUAUUUCAUUCACCUUUCGUCCAGUUGUAAAACUUUGUAAGCACAAUAUCUACGCUGAACAUCCUCCGCUACCUGGAUUGCUAUUUGAGCUGGCUGCUGCUUCUUCUCUGGAGAUAUUUGAGCCCAAGCCUCAUUUCCUCAUCGCUGGUGUUGCGCGUCAAAUUGGCGAAUGGGCUAUUCAGACGCCAGAAAAUCGUGUUGAAUUUCAUGAAUCCUUCAGAACAGAGGGAAUUCUUGGACUGUUUGAGCUCUGCAAGAAAAGAGGAAAGCUGACCCCCGACGAAAUUCGCGACCUAUUUGAUCGGAAGUCUACUCUCAGUUCACUUGUUUUCAUUCAUUUACAACAUUAUAAUCGCGCAUUUUAUGACGAGAGUACUGAAAUGUUACCCUAUUUACAAAUCGCAAUGUUUGGAGGUCUAUUCGCUGCUAGCGUACGCAAUUUUUGCGAGCCAGGAGUUACGAAUCCAUUACACACAAGCAUUAGAUUAGACUGCCCUCUUGGAUCGGAAGUCAUCAAAUUGCUCCUAAUUAAUGCGGCACUUCAAACUCCCACUCUAAUCUCAAUGAUGAAGCGAAUUCCUAACUGCUUCGAGACUUCAGCAGAGGACUGCAGAGAUAUUUCCUAUGAUAGCACCUAUCACGACAGAAACUUCGCCUUCUCUGCUUUCAUUUACCUGCAGGGCUGGGACUCACUGGACUUGAUGUAUCAAGUUGAGGUAGGAACAACUUCACUUAAUGCACAAGCGGCAGUUGAUGCUGCAAUUAUUGCCUUUCGAAUGGAAACCAGCCAAGUCACCAACUUCAAAAUCAUAAGUAAUGAUAUGAUAGAAGGCACAUUUGAGGAUUUGGGUAGCGUAGUGAACAUUGAGCUCGAUACACACUUUUAUGGUGUUGUUACUCAUCGCCUAAAACUUCAAACCUCAAAGCCCAAGAAAUCAUUGCCAUUACCACAACUUGAUCUGGCUAAGCGUACACCAGACUUCAGUUAA